CAAAUGUCACUGUCAGAACUCAGAAGCGUCAAAUGCAGAAGAAAGUAUAAAUUGUAGGCGUUGAUUGUUGCGUUUAUAGUUUUUUGUUUUAGUUUAUUCACAAGAAAUUGUGUUAUAUUUUAGUUUAUUGUCUCAAGUAAAAACUUUCUUUUAAUUUUAUUAAAUAAAUUCAAAAUGUCGUCAGAAACAGCUCAAGUGAGCUCUUUGCCACUACCCCCUAUGCAAUACAUUAAUUUUUACACUGAUGACAAUGUGAGACGAAAUAGGGCUCCUCUACCACCGAGGCCUAUUCAUGACUCGUACUCAAUGUUUGGACACCCCUUCAAUGCCGAUGAUACAAUUAUAAGAUCCUUGGAGAGUCAGGGCUUCAGAAGAUUGUAUCCAAUGCAUUUUGAUAGGAGAAGAGAGCUGAAAAAAUUGAACCACUCGUUGUUAGUGAAUUUCUUGGACUUAUUAGAUCUGCUGGUCCAUUGUCCUGAUUCACCGAAGAGAGCAGAAAAGGUUGAAGACUUGAGUCUGUUAUUCAUACACAUUCAUCACCUGCUCAAUGAGUUCAGACCUCACCAGGCUCGUGAAACUUUGAGAGUUAUGAUGGAACUGCAAAAACGACAAAGAGUGGAAACUACACUGAGAUUCCAGAAACAUUUAGACAAGGUUCAGGAUAUUUUACAGAAUGCUCUUCAAGGCUUGCCAAAUCAGAAUGAAGUAGAAUCCAAUUUUAAAGUGCCUGUAGAAAUUCUGGAUCAAAUGACUGUUAGCUCUGCUGAUGGAGCAAAUGCUGAUCCCUGUUAUGAACUUGAUCGCCUUAUGUGUAAUGUUGUGGAUAAUAUGAGAUAGUAUAAGUUACUUUAGAAUAGAUUAAAUAUAACAACUGAUAGGUUAAGUCAUUUUUUGGGCUUUCCGUAGUCCACUAAGAACGCUUCCAUGUCCGUCUGUGCGUAUGUCUGCGGCUUUGCUCCGUGAUCGUUAGUGCUAGACAGGGAUUGUACAACCGGUUUUAUUUAAUACCCGUAAAAAAUUGUGAAACAAUUACCGCUAUAAAAAGAAAAACCCGAAUUCCUAUUAGAGAUAUUGUUUUCAUUUCGCUUUUGUUUUUACCGCUAUAUAUAGACUAUUUACAAUAUUAAAUACCUUUAUUCAAUACCGCUAUUCAUUGUAAUUGAAAGGUAAGAUGUCAAUCAUACACUACUACUAAAUCACAACAAAUAGGUGUAAUAUUGUAACGUCACGCGAUAACAUUCUGCAUAGCUGGCUAAAGUGUCUACUAUUAUUAGGUACUGGAUAAGAAAAUUAAUUUGCGACGUAUGUCAUACAUACGGCAAAGCACAACAUAUUCGAAGAAACAUAGGAGUGUAUUGACAUGUAUUACCGGUAAUAGUUUUUAAGGGUAACAUGUCAAAUACAGGUAUUGUCUAAUGGCAAAAUCGUUAAUAGACAUGAAUACCGUUAUUGAUUAUACCGGUAAUCAAAGCUUUAGUGAUAUUAAUAGCGAAAUACAACUAUAACCGGUUAUACCUAAUUUAAAACCGGUAGUCAGAUAUUUUACCGGUAAUGAUCCCUGGUGCUAGAAAGCUGCAAUUAGGCAUGGAUACAUACAUAAAUCAUGCAUGGCGACAGAAUCUCUUUUCCAUCAAAAUGGUUUUUGGUGUUUUUUUUUGCUUAAACCUAACGCUGUUGGGCAUUCGUUGGAUAGGUCUUUCAAAACGAAUAAGGGUCUCCAGCAACCAUUUUUUGAUAAAAUGAAAUUUUCGGAAAUAAGGGCUUCGAAAGUAAAAAAUAUAUGAAAAAUUCGUUACACAAAAGCUUAAAUAAAUAUUUUCAAAGAAAACUAUAGCGAACAUGAUCGGUCCAGCCGUUUUGAAGAGAAAGUCUUCUCUUCUUAGUAAAACGACAUACAAAGCUCUGCGAAGGUGCUCCCUUAUGCGUGUAAUGUAUAUUAUGAUACUUACUAAUAGCCUCCGUUUAGCCUAUUCUGACAGUAGCUACGGAGCCCUACGCAGCAUGGCCCGACAUGCUCGAGGCCGUUUUUUUAUUGCAAGUCUAUUAUUGUUAUGCAUUGCUGUGUGUGGGCCCGCAUCAGGUCCACACAUCACACAGCAAACCAUUAUACUUGAGUAUCUAUUGUUAUGAUAUGAGAUUUAAGAAGUUGAAAGUGUAUUUCUCUUUUUAUUCUUUCUUGGGUAUCUUUAAAAGUGAGAUUGGCAGAUGGUUUUGAAAUUUAAUGUUCUAAAAAGAGUACCUAGUAUACUUCCAAUUUUUAUUUUAUUCUUCAUAAAAACUAUCCGUCAAUCUGGAAAGACUUCAUGGUUUCCAAUGGCGUUAAUAGUACAUUGUGCAACGAGGGGGGUAAGUGAAAUUUUGGAUAAGACGGUGGGAAUUAAAGACCCGAGUUUGCAAUAUUCUUACCCCCGGAGUUACACACAAUGUUUUUCAUCACACUUGCGAAGAAAAAAAAAUUAAACAAAAUAUUCUUAAAUACGGUGACAUAUCAAACAUUCGUCCGCCAUUUUGUAAUUUCAUUUAACAGGUUAGCAUCGAGGGCACAGACCUAUUCGGCAUUCAGCCACGAUUGAAAAUUAUGUAAAAAUAUUUAAACGGCUGUUAAUUUUAACCAUAAACAAAAAUAUAAAAUUAUAAAAUAGGAUCAAAUCAAAUAUCAAAUAGGAUCCCGCGGGAUCAAAAUAGGCCUUUGUCCUUCAGUACACCUGCAUGAAAUAAGAUCUUUUUCGAGCAAGUGUGAUGAAAAAUUUAUUUACUUAUUUGAUAAUGUAUUGGGACUAUUAACUGAUAUAGUAAUUGAAACCUAGCCUUCUCAGAAGAAUUGUGUGAUAAAACAACCCCUCAUUAAGUUUAUGCCUGUGUGAAUAGUUUCCAUAAGUAGCUUACUAAAAGUAGUCAAAAUAAUUUGUGCUAUAUCGUACCUUGUGACGGUGACAAUCAAUAUGAAAAUCGCUAGGGACCUCGUACUGUUGUCACUGUGGCAAGGUAUUUGCCAAGAGUAAUAACAUGGUGCAAACAAGUUGCUCAAAAAUAUGUCCCAUAGCUCCUAUGUCGGCGAGUUAGGACGUAUUUUUGAGUAAGUUGUGUGGACUCAUAUUUUCUGUACGAAAUGGUACUGAAAUAAAAUUCCUUGACCGUACUUACAGUUUCUAACCUAUAUAAAAAUACUUCUACGAGAUAGGACAGGAUUUAAACAAUUUGAUAAAUAAAACAUGUAAAUUAAAA